GAAAUCCUGGAUAGAAAAUACUUUCACCAAGAGGGAGUGUGUGUAUAUUAUACCAAGUUCGAAAGACCCCCACAGAUGCCUUCCAGGAUGUCAGAUUUGUCAGCAACUUGUCAGGUGCUGUUGUGGCCGCUUGGUCAGACAACAUGCUUGUUUUACUGCAAGCCUUGCUAUGAAAUACUCCGAUGUGAAGCUGGGUGAAAACUGUAAUCAGGAAAUAGAAGAAUGGUCAGUGGAAAAACAUACAGAACAGACAUCUACCGAUGCUUAUGGUGUCAUCAACUUUCAAGGUGGCUCUCAUUCUUACAGGGCUAAGUAUGUGCGAUUGUCAUAUGACACUAAGCCUGAAGCUAUUCUGCAACUUAUGCUUAAAGAAUGGCAGAUGGAGCUGCCGAAGCUUGUUAUAUCUGUACAUGGGGGCAUGCAGAAAUUUGAACUUCACCCACGCAUCAAACAGUUGCUUGGCAAAGGUCUUAUUAAAGCUGCAGUAACAACGGGAGCCUGGAUUAUAACUGGAGGAGUGAACACAGGUGUUGCAAAACAUGUUGGUGAUGCUCUACGAGAACAUGCUUCCAGAUCAUCUCGAAAGAUUUGCACUAUUGGGAUUGCUCCAUGGGGUGUGAUUGAAAACAGAAAUGACCUUGUUGGAAGAGAUGUAGUUGCUCCAUAUCAAACCUUGUUAAACCCAUUAAGUAAACUAAACGUCCUAAAUAACCUCCAUUCCCAUUUCAUUCUGGUGGAUGAUGGAACAGUUGGAAAGUAUGGAGCAGAAGUUAAACUGCGGAGAGAACUGGAAAAAACUAUUAAUUUGCAACGGAUCCAUGCAAGAAUUGGCCAAGGUGUGCCUGUGGUGGCACUUGUAUUUGAAGGUGGCCCCAAUGUCAUACUCACAGUUUUAGACUUCCUUCAAGAAAGUCCUCCUGUGCCGGUGGUAGUAUGUGAAGGAACUGGUAGAGCUGCAGACAUAUUGGCAUAUGUUCACAAGCAAACAGAGGAGGGAGGGUAA